GCUCGGAGCUCAUCACCCCAGCGGCCAGCCUUCCUGCUCCCUCAACCCGGGAGACGUCCAUCAGAAGAAUAAUGUUUAUAGAACCGUCUGCAAUCAGCCUUUCGUUACCAAGGAGGGGAAACUGCAAAGGAAAAAUGAAGAACGAAAUUGCUGCUGUUGUCUUCUUUUUCACAAGGCUUGUUCGAAAACAUGAUAAAUUGAAAAAAGAGGCAGUUGAGAGGUUUGCUGAGAAAUUGACUCUAAUACUUCAAGAAAAAUACAAAAAUCACUGGUAUCCAGAAAAACCUUCAAAAGGACAGGCCUACAGAUGCAUUCGUGUCAAUAAGUUUCAAAGAGUUGAUCCUGAUGUCUUAAAAGCCUGUGAGAACAGCUGCAUCUUGUACAGUGACCUUGGCUUGCCCAAAGAGCUCACUCUCUGGGUGGACCCAUGUGAGGUGUGUUGCCGGUAUGGAGAGAAAAACAAUGCAUUCAUUGUUGCCAGCUUUGAAAAUGAAGAUGAGAACAAAGAUGAUAUCUCCAAGAAAGUUACUAGAGCCCUUGAUAAGGUCACCUCUGAUUAUCAUUCAGGGUCCUCUUCUUCAGAUGAAGAAACAAGUAAGGAAGUAGAAAUAAAACCCAGUCCACUGACUGCAACCCCAAGCCCUGUGUACCAGAUUUCAGAACUGAUAUUCCCACCUCUUCCAGUGUGGCAGCCUUUGCCAAGGAAAAAGCCAGGAAUGUACCGAGGAAAUGGUCAUCAGAGUCACUACCCUCCUCCGGUUCCAUUUGGUUAUCCAAAUCAGGGAAGGAAGAAUAAACCUUAUCGCUCAGUUCCAGUGACUUGGGUACCUCCUCCUGGAAUGCAUUGUGACCGGAAUCACUGGAUUAAUCCUCACAUGUUAGCACCUCACUAGCUCCUUUUGAUUCUCUUGUCAUAUUGAAAAAAGGGGUAGAUUAUACCCUACUGCAUAUUAAAAGUUCAUAUUCAUAGUAGUGGAGUUAGAUGAAUCAAACCAUCAAACUUAUUUUUAUAGAGAAGUUAUUGAGAAUAAUCUUUCUUAAAUAAAACAUAUAUAUGCACUUUAGAUAUAUUGAUAUAGUUUGAGAAACUUUAUUAGUCAAGUGCCUGAGUUUUUAAUAUUGGACUUGAGUAUUUAUAUAUAUUGUGCAUCAACUCUGUUAAAUACAAAUACACUGUAGGAGUGGAUGAUCUGUGCUAGCACCUUUAAACAUUUACUUUAUGGAGAGUAAGUUAUUUAUAAUACAAGAAAAUCUAUUUUAUGUUAUUUAGAAAAAUUGUGAGAUCAUGUAGUUGCAAAUAAAAAGUAGUUUGAGGCAUGACAAUGCUUGAUUUUAUUCUGUGCUUAAAAAGGAAAGGAGAAAAGGCAAAAGGGAUAUUUUAUCUCAUACUCAGAGAAUAAGAAUUCCAAAGUUUCAUUUUUAAAAAUUAACUUUAUUAACCAUACCUUCCCAAAGGCCACAUACCAAAAUAUACAUGUUAAAAAGUCUAAAAUUUAUUAAUGACAGCUAAUUGAAAAUAUAAAUAUAGUAUCUUUUAACUAUCAAAGUGACCAUAUAUUUUUCUAAUCAAGAAUUUGACCCAUCAUAAUUUGACACAUGUGACUUAAAUGUCUUAAGUCAUUACAUAAAGCAGAAAUGUUCUUAAUAGCCACUCUAAUCUUGUGACUUGUGAUGUAAAAAAAAAGAAACAGUUCAGUGUCUACUAGAGGUAUAAAUUAAAGUCAAAUUGUACAAUACUUCAGAUUCUUCAGCAGUCCUUCACACUUACACCACAGUAAUCCCAUCAGUCUUGUAAGUGUGUUUGAACUACAAAAAGAAAAAAA